UGUUGUAUUGCCUUUAAUCACUAGCUCAGCUGCCCUCUCGGUUACGAAAUGUUGAGCCACCUGCGAGGCAAAACUCACUGACUUUGUACGGUACCGAGUGUUUUUACCAUGCAGAAACAAUCAUAUGCUGCAGAAACAAUCAUAUGCUUCUACACUUAAUUACAUUUUUAGUCCACCUUUCCGUUCGUUCUAAAUAGAAUUCCUUUCCGACAUGUUUGGUGACGCCUGUUGUGACCUGUGUUCGAUACAUGAAACUCUUGUCAGCUUCAUCGCGCACACACACUCACACAAACGCGCGCGCGCUCACACACGCACACAUACACACACGCACAGCCAUAAGUGAAUGACGGCAGGUCGCCAUGGAAACUGCGUUACGCUCCGGGCACCCGGAGAAGAAAACAAGAGUGCGAGGACUGAGUGGAGUAUUCAUUUCAGCACCCAGCGUCUCGUGGACAGCGCCCGGGUGAAGUGGAGCAGCCUCACAUGUCUGGUCAGGGACAGAGCCGCAUGCAGAAGCAGCAGAAGCAGCAGCAGUAGCGAGCCUCGCCAACGUGGUUCCAGACUUCCAAAUAAAAAACAAGACUCUCAGACCAACUCGACGUGAAUCGCGGUGGUUCCACGAGGUUUGAUCCCGGUUGCGGGAAGAGGAGCCAGUCGCUCUGCCUCAGCAACAGGCAUCAGCAUGUCUGAAAUGAAAUCCAGUCAGCGGUUCCACAGCCUGAAGCCUGAGCAAGUGGCAGUUCUCCAUCAGGUUUUGUCAGACAUUGUUCCCAUCCACGGCCGCGGGAACUUUCCAACCCUGGAACUCCGUCCUCGAGACAUCAUCAUCGCUGUACGGGCUAGUCUGCGGAAGCAAGGCAUCAUCGUUAGAGACGUGCGCCUCAAUGGCUCCACGGCAAGCCAUGUUCUGGUCCAAGACAACAAAAUGAGCUACAAAGACCUGGAUAUUAUUUUUGGAGUGGAGCUGCCCAGUCAAGAGGAGUUCCAGGUGAUCAAAGAGUCAGUACUUGGUUGCUUGCUGGACUGCCUGCCAGCAGGGGUCAACAGAGAGAGGAUCAGCAGUGCAACAAUGAAAGAGGCCUAUGUCCAAAAGAUGGUCAAAGUCUUUAAUGAGCAGGACCGCUGGAGCCUCAUCUCCUUGUCCAACAACAGUGGCAAAAACCUGGAGCUCAAAUUUGUAAGCAUGCUGAGGAGGCAGUUUGAGUUCAGCGUUGAUUCCUUCCAAAUCAUUUUGGAUCGUCUUCUUGAAUCCUAUCUGCAGGAGUCACUGCACAAGCAUAAUGUUACACCGAAGGACCAAGAGGUAGAGAACAAAGAUGGUUCUUCUCUGCUUAAGCAGGGUAGCGCUGCAGGAACUGAAAAAUCGAAAUUUAAAAAUGCAUCCCUUUUAGAAGAAGGGGCUCAUAUUACCAACACUGAACAGAAGGAUGACAUGCAUGGAAAAGAAGAUACAAUGCAAUCAACAAAACAUUCCACACAGGAAGACAAUAACAAAGAAAAAACACCCACAGAGCUAAAUGAGCACCAAGAAAACUUGAAUGAACCCAAACUCCCUGGGCAUGCAUCUUUAAAAAUGAUCGCAGGAGAGAAACCAACCACUGAGACCGAUGUGGCGGAAUAUAAACUCAACGACGCGAUGCAGCCCUCAGACUCAACUGAAUGCUCAGCGCACUUGGAACCAGUAUUUUCAAAUCACGAUGCACCUUGUGAUAAACAGGAAGUACUCACGGAGAAAACAACUGGACUGACAAAGACCACACAGCCAACGCCGACAGAGUCCGUAAGACUGACAAAUAACUGCGACAGCAGAGAAUCAUCCGAGAACACCGAGACCUCAAAAAGUUUAGAUGAGCGUGAGAAAGAUGAAACACGAUGGUUGUGUAACCCAGAUGUUGACACAUCUUCUCAUCUAAGGGCAGACAACACCUUAAAGAGCGGAAAAAAAGAUCAAAUUGAUGUACUGAUUAAUGCAGAGCUUCAAGGGGACAUAGGAAAAAGUCAUCCAUCAAAAAAAAAUUUCACACCGGAAGAAAAGACGGAGCGCACACAGGCUGAUGGGUGUGUUUCUUCCAUCGCCGCCACACCGCUUUCACCCAACAGCGCUGUAGAAACACACAGCGCACAGAUUGAAAAAUCACGUGACAGAGUUGACAGCAUGGCAGACACUCAGGACACACUUGCACCACCCAGCCUUGUUACUGACGAAAAGGCAUUCUGUCCACCUUCUUGUAAAGUUUCAGAAAGACUCUCUCAUAUGGUGGUGCUUAAGCACUCAUCUCCUAAACCUCCGCGUAGGAUGUGCAGGAAGGUUGCCUCCAUGCCUGACCCUGUGCCAGCCUUUGAGAGUGACUCCAUAUCAGAUUCCAGUUUAGAUCCAAACUCUUCCUCAAGCCCUGAACCUGAUCUUCAUGGUAAACUAAGACUUGGGCCCAGUCUUGUUACGGCUACUGGUUCAGACCCCACAAGAGUCACACUCUCGAUGAUGACAGUCCCUGGGAUCGAAAACAGUCCAAACAGCAACCUGUCAUCAAAUCUGGACUUCCGCUUCACUCCUGAUCCCGCCCCAGAUUCCAUUUCCGCUGAACCUCUGGAUCCAAAAUCUUCUGAGUUAAUCACAGAGUGUUUGUGCGGAACGGACAUUCAAACCCGUGAGGACAGACUAGCUGAUCAAAGGCAGUCUUCCACCGAAAAUACUACUUUGCAAGUGAAACAAAACGAAUCUCCCGAUAGCCUGAAGUCGCUAGUUUCACAUAGUGAUAAAUGUCACUCAAAUACCCAAGAAUCUGAAAGCAAUGAGGAGGAGGAGAACAACAUUGAUAAGCCAAGUGGCAGCAGCGAAAAAUCCUCACCUCUACAAAAGACCCCUCCGCCCCAAUCACCUUCCUCUUCGCGCAGUGUCACCCCGCUAGUUUCAUGCCUCCCGCCUCCUGUACUCAGUUUCUCACCUCCCUGCUACACCCCUUCGCCCCCAAGCCUCAGCCCACCCCCAUGCUUGACACCCCCCUCUCACUGCCUCUCGUCUUCGACGCUGCACACUGCCGGUUCCGCCACCAGUUACAGUUCUCCUUCCCUCGGCUUCAGCCCUACAUCGUCCUGCAUCAGCUCCCCUCCUUAUCUCACCCCUCCUAUGCUCAGCCUCAGCCCUCCCCCUGUCUGUCUAACUCCUCCUUCUCCGUGCCUCAGCCCUCCCCUCCUCUGCUUCACUCCUCCAGUGGAAUCAGAGGAUCCCGCGUUUCAGAUAUCCUCAGACGCUGGGUCUCUGAUUGACAACUCAGACAGUGAAGAACAGAUUGUCGAGCCUUCUACCCUGCACCCAGCUUCUGUCUUGCAACUGGAGGAUAAAAGAGAGCAGACUUAUGUUUCUUUGUUGACUCAGGUUCCAGAGCCUGUCUCUUUUCCGAUCACACUACCAAGUGCAACCUCACAUGCGCUGCCCCAGUGUGCAGACCCAAGCGAAGCUGCCCCUCCAAACACAAAUGAUGCAUUUAGCUCGGCGCCUGAGAGCAAAGAGGCCCCAAAAACAAAUGCAGACGUGUCUGAGCAGAUCGCAGCUCCUCAAGAAGCGGGCUGUGUCCCUGCUGUCGAGGUCCUGGCCGAGAGCAUGUAUGGUGACUUUGAGGCCGCCAUGGAUCACCUGCGCUACCGCUUAAUCGCUACAAGGAAUCCUGAAGAGAUUCGAGGUGGCGGCUUGUUGAAAUACAGCAACCUCCUGGUCAGGGACUAUCGACCGGCCAGUGAAACUCAAAUAAAGACACUGGAACGUUACAUGUGCUCACGCUUUUUCAUUGAUUUCCCCGACGUGCAAGAGCAGCAGAGGAAGAUCCUGUCCUACUUGAAGAAUCACUUCAUUGGAGAGGAGAGAAGCAAGUAUCAGUACCUAAUGACACUACGCCGCGUGGUGGAUGACAGCACGGUGUGUCUGAUGGGCCAUGAGAGGCGCCAGACUCUCAACAUGAUCACGGUGCUGGCACUGAAAGUUCUCGGGGAGCAGAACAUUAUCCCGAACACAGAUCAUGUCACAUGCUUCUAUCAGCCUGCUCCAUACCUUGCUGAGCACAACAGCCCCUACCUGACGGAACCCAGUUACUGCAGCUACUACAUCCCCCAAGGGGGAUCAACUCUCCUUUACCAACCAUACCCCUUGCACAUGCACACACAAACGGGACUAGUUUAACUGUGAAGAAAAUGUGCCUGAAUAGGUACACAAAACACGCAGCAAAGGAAAAAAACCUACCUGUUAUGAGCUAAGAGCUGGAGAAUGGAAGUAGCUUUGGCCUCUCACAGACUUUUCAGUGAGUACCUGGGGGCUGUACUUCCAGUGGUCCUCUAAAGUUAAAACAAGAUUAUUAGUCAUGAUUUUGGGGAGGGGGGAGGGGAGAUAUUUGGUAUCAUUCCUAAAAAUACUGUGCGCCCAUGAGUGAUAACCGUUUGAGAUACCUGGGACCAAAGAUGAGUUUCUGACCUUCUCAGACAUGCAAACAUACUUCCAGAUUCUUGGAUUCCGAUAUGUCCUUUUCCUGUUCCUACUACUGUGUUGUUCUGAUUGGGUUUGUUUAGAAUUUGGACCUUGCCUGUGAUAUAUAUUGUGCAUGGACUACAUCGGACUGUUCUCUCACUGCCAAAUGCUGUGUGACUAUGUUCCCAAGACGGUUUAAUGUAAAUGUUGUUUUCAUGUACUGAAGAGUUCAUUUUGAAGACGUGUACAACGAUGGAUUUUUCAAUUUGUGAAGUGAUAUGUUCUUUCGUGCAUGCAGACAUAUGAACACCACGCAUAUUGUAAAAUUGAUGGGAAACCAGAUAAUGCAUGAGCAACUCGACAUAGCGUACAUAUAUGACACAAUGCAAAGGCUUUUAAGUCAAUUGAAAUUUCUCUAUUUUUGCAAGACUUUCCAAGACUAUACUCAACGGUCAUCCUGCUGGUUGUUCACAAUGCCUUUGUAACAGACUGUACAGCAUACCGGUUACAGUAUGUUGUGUGUGAAUAAACAAUCCGUCAUUUUCAGGUAAACUGUGAGAAAAUGUGCCGGAUUCCUUUUCUUUUUUUCCUUUUUGUGGAAUACUUUAUGUAGUCAUGUGACGUACUUGACGAUUUAGUUUACAUGACAAAGGUGGUCAAAUUAUAACCAUCUUUGCGUCACAAGAAUGGAUGAGGUAGAAGCAAUUGCCUUUGAACGACUGACUCGUCUCACAGUGAAUCAGCAUUCACGAUCUACAUGAUACACUGUAAUUCCAUAACAAUUUCAAAGCAGUUUGGAUCUAAUUUAAAGUGACAGAAACCAUGACCAAAGAUGGUUGGGCAGGGAAAUCAAGUGCCUAAUUGAAAGAAAUAAGAGUCUUUAUCUUACCGCACCCCGCACUGGGGGUGUUAACGGGGUGGGUCUGGACCUGGGUUGCAGUUUCCGUGUUUCAAUGUUGACCCCGUCACUCCUGCCUGUUUUGAAGUCUUCUUAAAUGUACUUGUUUGUUGUAGUUUAUUCAUGUACCUUUUAAUAAAUAAAG